AUGACGGAGGAAGACCCCGAGGACGGCCUGCGCGUUUUGGCGAGACUGUCUUCCUCGACACAAUCCUCAACACAGUCGUCGUCUAAACAAUCAUCAUCAUUUUCGUCGUCGAAAACAUUCUUCGUUUGGGGAACCGGAAACGAAAUUCUCGUUCGAAACGAACGGGUUCUUCUUGGUCACAAAAAUGGAAACGACGAUUUAGAACCCGAGGACGAGAUGAUGCACAAAGACGAAGAAAGCUUAAAAGACGAUUUAGACGACAAAAACGAUUCAGAAGACAUCAAAACGAAGUCCACGUCUUGGUCGCAUUUAUCCUCGAAAAACAAGCGAGAGAUCGCGCAGUUUGAACCUUUGGUGAAAGAUUUGGUACAAAAGAUUCGUUUGGCGAGCGCGUCUGCCUCGGUCGGAGCAGGCGGCGAUGGCGAGAAAACGAUGGACGGCGGGUCUGAUUUUCGGUUAGAAGCCGCGCGAGAAUUUAGCUCGAAAGCGAUCGAGGUAUUUCGUGAAAUCGAGAAGGAGUUGGAUGAAGAAAUGGUGCGUUCGGUUUCGUUGGCGACGGAAGACGACGACUUUAGCGCCGACGACGAGAGGGUGUGGAGACGUCGACAGCACUCGCGAUUGGAGCAUUACGAAGCGAGGAAGAAAUCCGCUUUGUGGUCUUUGUUAACCACGCAGUUCGUGGAGAACGCGGGCGAGGAUUUCCCGUCCAGUUUGAGCGGUUGCAGAGAGAACUUGACGCGAUGGUUUCGCGAGUAUUCCGAGGCGUUUCAGCCGUUGGACGCCGAGGCGGCGGAUUUCUUGAGUGUAUUCAACGACGAUGAUAAUAGAUAUAGUAACAUCAAAAGCGGUUCAAUUGAGCACGAACGAUUCGCGCAUCUCUCCGUGUUUGAGAAGAAGGAUGCCUUUAACAACGAAAGUAGCGGCGGGUACGGUGGCGUUCCGCCGGCGCGGAUUGAAGAGUGUAAAUCGUAUUGGCCGUGUAUUCUCGCCAUGUUAGCCGUAGGAUGGACCGAUGAUUGCGUGAACGUGUUGUACGCGCACUCUGCGUGGGCGGAAUGGCGUUUGCGUAGCCAAGCGGUGAGACCGCAGAUUGAAAUCCUAGAAGCGUUGAUUGCCCUCAUCCAAACGCGACCGGUUUUGGUUUUCGCUGAUGAGGACAACGACGACGACGAUAUGAACGGUGGUCAAAUGAUGGACGCGGGAAACGACGAUGAAGAACUUUUAGAAAUACAGCGUAUGAAAAAUAGCAAGUACGGCGAACGGAUGAUUGCGUACACGCACUCGCAAUUUAAAGCCCAUCGCGAUCGGUGGAAAACGCAGUGUUACGAUUUGUUGCAACCUCAAAACGACCGCGAGCUGGAAGAAAACUGGGCAAAGUGUUGGGGUCCAACCGCAGAUGGCGCGCGUUCGGUGUUGAAAAUCUUACUCGGCGACGACGCGGAAUUGUCUUUAUCCACGAGUAAUUCUUUAGAGUUAUUCGUCGCGAUGUCUUUACACAAAUCGCCUAACGCGACGGCGAGGAAUUUGCAAACGACAAAGAAAAUCUGGGACCAAUGUUUAGAGCGAAAGUCGGCAAAGACGAGCAAUGCGAGAUUCUUAACGCCGGAAAGUGUCGCUUUCAUGAGCGCGGUAUUUGACGACGAUGGGUUGAUGGCAUUCUCCACCAUUUCUCGAUUUGCGGAUUCGUUCUUCGUUUGUCUAACUGCUUUGCUUUUGCGCAACGCGACGACGACGUUGAACAACGCGACCGCAAUGACGAUGAUUAGCAGCGGCGAUGAUAAACACUACCACAGAGACGAUAUCACGCACGAAUCAAACAGUAGCGAAGACGCGUUUGUGGAAUACUACGCGUUAGAAGCAGUCAGUUCUAUGCUUACCUCUGGCGUAGAAACUCGAGCGCUCGCGGCGGAUUACUUGACCUUUCUCUGUCCUCGAAGAGGGAAAAAAAUCGUCGAAACGAUGUUGACGAAUUCGUUCGGGAUGCUCGGUUUGAGAGAUUCGGAAGCGGUGUAUGAAUUCGAGCGGUUGUGCGCGGAGAGAGGAUUGAAUGAAUUCCAUCGGAAAAAUUGCAAUCGCGUCCUCGCCGAGAGAUUCUUAGAAGAAAAAGACGAAGAUGCCCACCGCAAAGGCGCAAAGAGGAACAUCGAUUACGGUUUACAAAACUUGUUCCAAGUCUUUGAGCACUUCGACGCGGCAAAAGAUGAGAAAGCAAUCGAACGCGUGUGUUCUCGGUUACUGAGAAAUACCAAGUUCCUCACGCUCAAUUUGCCUUCUUCUUCGAGCGCGAACGACGCGGAUGCGUACUCGUACCCUCGGGGCGUCGAGUUCAUCUCGAAAGUUUCCGACGCGCUCCGGUCCACGAGAGGCGGACGCGACCGCAAAGAAGGCAGUUCGGCGUCGUUUAUUCACGCUCGAGCGAAGUAUUGCAUGUCUUUGCAAGAGUUAAAAGAGAAGAAUAAGAACAAAAACGACGAGGAUGUCAGUGACGAAAAUUUAGAGUGCGUCCUCUCGUGUUACGAGGCGCUUUUGCGCCAACUUGGUGAAAACUGCUCGCCUCGAUACGCGUGGCCAGAGUUGAUUUGCGAUGCGAUUCCACUCUUCGAGGGCGAGUACGUGAGUUCACCUACCCUUGCGAGUGAUGGAAAUGACGUCUCCGGAGGAGGAGGUGGAGGAGGAGGAGGAAAGAACGCCUCCGCGCGCAUCGCUCGCCUCAGAGGCGCGAUCUUCGCCGUCCUCGAGAAGCUCGAAAGUUCCGCCUCUUCUCGAUCCAAUUUUGCGAACGACAACAACAUCAACGUCGACGAUGAUGAAUUCACCACUUCAGCGCCUCUCUCUGCAACCUUAUCUCCAUCUAUCAAAGACGCCAUCGACGUGGAAAAAAUCGCUUUACAGGAUCCAAAACGUUUCGAAGAUUCCGCUUUGAGUUUAGCGCGAAUCGCGCUCGUUCGCCUCUUGGCGAGAUUCUGA